AUGGGCAACCACUGGGCACCGUACGAGCGCGCAUGGGCACAAGAUCCUCAUCACCUGCCUCGUAGUGUGUGUUUGCCAGCGCUCCUCACGGAGGCCGACCGAGCAGUUGCAGCUGCGUUGGCGAACCUUUCCCGCGAGUAUGACGCAACCAUAACAUACAAGUCUCGCCAUGCCCUUGCAGAGCCGCAUCUCACACCGACUGAGCAGGAAGGCGACGUGGCCACCCAUCUCACCGGGUGUCACCCUCAUGAUACGUCGCAAGCAGACGCCGAGCGCGACCAGCGCUGCAUCGAACCUGCCGUCAGUUGCGCAUCGCACGAUUGGCGGCAGCUCUACUGCUCUCUCUGCUUUAUACAAGCUCCCAUGGUGCGGUGCAGCAGACCGGCGUUUCGCCAAGUGUGUCGAUCAUGGGGAACGCGCAUAGGCUACACUCACAUGCUCAUUGCUGAGAGCUUCGUCAAGUCGCCGCAUGCACGACACGCCGAGUUUGCGCUGUACGAGGGCGAAAAUCGACUCGUCGUGCAACUGGCCGCGAAGAGUGGGACUGAUGCCGCAGAAGCUGCUCUGCUCCUUCGACCAUACUGUGACGCCAUCGACCUUAACUGCGGGUGCCCACAGCGGUGGGCAAUGAAGGACGGAAUCGGGGCGGUUCUACUCGACCAACCAGAACGGGUGGCGGACAUGGUGCGCUCUAUUCGCAACGCCAUGCCAGACGGGAACACAGCGCCAAUGAUGGUCAGCAUCGGUGGUGCGUGCAGCAGCUGCCCCGCCACCGCCCCACCAUUUCUUCCGUGUGUGGUGAAGAUGCGGAUUAAAGAUGACCUGCGCAACAGCGUCGACUUUGCGCGGCAGUGUGAGGCGGCCGGUGCAUCUUGGCUGACAGUGCAUGGCCGAUCCGCUACUAGCCAACCAAGCGCCGCAGUGCAGUUUGAGGCCGUCAAGCUCAUCCGAGAGAAUCUCUCAGUGCCCGUGGUGCUGAACGGUGGUGUGAGGGAUGUGAGCACGGCGAUGGAGGCGGCUCUUCGCACCGGUUGCGGCGGGCUUAUGUCCGCGAACGGGCUGCUCGACAACCCUGCGAUGUUUUACUCAGGUGCAUCGAGGGCUGCCAUGGAGGCGGAGCUGAGCUUUGUAGCGAGCCGCUGCGAAUGGUCACCCCAAACCUGCGAUCCUGUGUCGCUGCCGGCGGAGACGGCAGCGCCUGAUGCUUUCUCUAAGGCGUUCUCCCCGGUACGGCCAGUGUCGUUCUUGUGGGCACCCAACCGGUCAAGCGCAGACGCCGUGUUACUGCGAUACACAGUACCUGACCUGUGGCAGACUGCCGUCACCCCACGCGAGGUCAUCUCAGAUUUCAUGCGAGCGGCUAUUCGUACCGACCUGACAGUGCCAACAACAGUGCAGCAAGUGUUACGCAUGGCGCGGCUGUAUGUAUCUCCUGCGGAGCGCAAUCAUCUGGUGCUGCUGCGAUCUAACCUCUCCGUUCUGAACUCUCUGCAGGACAUUGGCGUGUACGUGGAAGGCGGGCGCAUCGGAUGCGAAUAA